ACCAAUAAGAUAAAGAUUAUUGACUUUGGUUUAGCAAGAAGAUACAAACCAAGAGAAAAGCUAAAAGUGAAUUUCGGAACAGCAGAAUUCCUUGCUCCUGAGGUUGUGAAUUAUGACUUUGUCUCGUUUCCUACAGACAUGUGGAGUUUAGGGGUGAUUACAUACAUGCUACUCAGUGGCCUAUCUCCUUUUCUUGGAGAGGAUGACAACGAGACACUAAAUAACAUCCUGGUUUGUCAGUGGAACUUUGAAGAAGAAGAAUUUGGAAACAUCUCAGAGGAAGCCAAGGACUUUAUUUCAAAGCUCCUUAUCAAAAACAAGUGUUGGAGGAUAAGUGCAACAGAGGCUCUCAAACAUCCCUGGUUAUCAGACCCCUGUCUUCACUUCCGACUUCAGCAGCAAAAUAACAAGUGCCACUCAUCACACGCACCACCUUCAGAGGAGUAGCAUUUCAGAAAACUGAAAUGUUUAAGAAUAGACACAAGCUGGUUGCUGUUGUCAUCAGAUAUCAAAACACUGAUGACUUGUGAUGACAUGAGCCUCAGUCAACUGGACCAACACCACUGUGCCUGUAUGAUACUGGACAAGAAAAAAACAGCUACAUCUGUAUAUUAAGAACUUCAAAAUAUAUUGAUUGAAAGAAAAUGCAUUUCAAAUAUAUUGUUGGUUAAAUGUAUUAUAAUAUUUAAUUUGGUAAAACUUUAAGCCUACAAAAUGUGUGUUUAAGUUGCAGUCAGAAUUCAUAUUUUGGACAUCAAAGAGGCACAGACACAAAGCAUUGACCAUACAGUCACAAUAUGAAUACAAGCAUUAAUGACAUUUUCAAUUGAAUUCAAUACAAAUACAUUAAAAAGAAGGGAUGCAUAAUGUCAAUGGAAGAAGUGGAGAAGAAAGCAGCUUUGGCUCUUUCCUCAGAGACAGUCUAAGGUGCCGGACAAAGUACAGCUUAUCCAACUAGAGGAUGGGAUAGUGGAACCGACGUUACAUCCUGAAGAAUUAAAACCACUUUUGAUGUGAAUACACAUUACACUGCACAUUCUCUACACCAGAACUUCAUUUGAUUUAAAGUUUCAGAAAAAUAAUGCAUGGUUGAAGAUACAGUAAGUACUAUAGCAUGCUUGUUUAUCAUACAGACAACAUUGGUCUCAUAAGUGAAAAGUUAUAUAAGUACUGUCAAAAAAGUUAACUUUUAUUCGGCACUGUAUAGCCAGUAUUGUUGCACUGCAAUGUGGUGCACAACCUAACCCUUGAAUUUGGAAUGUGUGUUUGCCACUGGAAUUGCUCAUAUGUCAGCUUUCCUAAAACAAUUGCUAAAAUUAAAAUAUUUAUUCUAAACAGUGGGCAAUAUGUAAUAACUGCCUCUUUUAAGGUAUGCUAAAUAAUAUCAUAAGCAUGUCAUUUAUUUGUGU